AUGAAAUAUUUGCUAAUAAGUUUGGUUAGUUUGGCAGUGGCAAGCCAAUUUGUUUGGAGUCUUAAAGAUUCAAAUAUAAAUGAUGGAGAUUGCGAUGGAACAGGCCGUAUUGUCUAUAAAGAAUCUAUGAAUAUCACGUGGGCAUUUGCUGACUAUACAAUAGAAACCAGAGAUAUAUGCACUCCUGCUGACAACACUGUAAUAAAAUGUAUUCAAAUCAAGGACUUAAGGAAUGAUGGAACCAACGGAAGGGCCCAAAUAACUGAAGGAGGACCUGGAUACGAAUGUGUUUCUAUCAAACUUAAAUCUCAAUUUAACAGAGGUAUGGAAUUUAAUAUAACAGUUUGGAGCAAUAACAAUACAUUGAUAGUAUAA